AUGUCACAUUAUACAAUCGAAAAGCCGAAAUUAUUCACAAUUGUUCUAUUCGGAAUUUCCAUUCUAACAUCCAUUUUCUACAUUCUCUGUAUUUCUCGCAAAAAAUCCUUCAAUCUUGCUCUUGCGAAACCGAAAAAUCAAAAAGCGAAUCUGAAUUCACCAAAACGACGAAAAAAAUCGAAGGAUGAUGGAUUGGGUGAGAUGUUGUAUACAAAAAAGAGGACAACACUGGAUGAAUUUGAGGAACGACUUGUGAAACAUCGAAAAUAUGUGGAUAGAACUAGUGCUGAACAUCUUUCGGAUGCGAAAAGUGAUAAAUUCGAGAAUCGCGGACCAUUGAAAAUUGAUAAAUAUUCGACGGAGAUUAUGGUCAGCUCUUUUACUUUUCUUUUACUCUAAAAUUUAAAAUUUUUUUCAAAAUUUAAAAUUUCACAGACAAAACCAUCGGAAGAAGAGGAGGUGAAAUUAAAAAAGCAAAAAGAGAUAAUUUUCGACAAAGUGUUCUAUGAUCCGAGUGGAAAUGAGCAAUUUGAGAUCGGAACAUCGGUUGAGGAGAUCGAGUCGAUUCGAGAGGACAAAACACAAUUGGAGACUGUGAAUUGUCCGCCGGUGGUUAAGAAUUUGACGAGUUCGAAUGAAAAAGUUACGACAACUUCGGCUGAGAAAUGA